AUGACUGAAUCAUAUAUUGGAAACAACGCUGUUUUAAAAUAUUUUGAAACUCACGAUAGAAAAACAUGGAAUUAUGAACAUUUUUUAAAUGAAUUAAAAGAAGUAAUCAUCAAUUCACCACCAUAUACUGAAGACUGGGGCGGUUUAGAUGGUAUAUGGUAUAGCAGGUAUAUUUAUCAUGCCAAGGAUAAAGAUAAUAAACGUCGGAAAAUGAAAUCAUUUUUUCAAGAUAUUAUCCUUGAACGUGAAAAG